CGCUCUGCUCAAAUACUGAUUUUAUUUUUCAUAUGUUAAUUCGUCAGUUGUGUUGUGCACGCAAUUUGUAUAGAAUAACUUCAUGCUAAAUUAUCGAACAGUUACACAUUGCAAAUACAUAUUAACGUUGUUACGAUGUUUCUCGUUUUCAGGAAACAUGGCGGAAGCCAAAGACAAAAGCAACGUCCCGUCCGAAACCGCGCCGCAUCUCGAAGUAAUUGAUCGCGUGAAAAACAUUCCUGUUGUCCACUCGGCGAUCGAGAAAACGGGAUCCACGUAUUCGUAUUUGAAAGACUCGCAUCAUUUAAUUAACUGGGCGCUCACACAAGCCGAAGCUGGACUUCAGUAUGCGACUGCCACGGCUAUCCCUCUUACCGCGCCUCUGGCGAAGAAGUUCGAGGGACAGAUAACGGCUGUUGACCAGAAAUUAUGCGAAGGUUUGAACAUAGUUGAACAGAAGGUACCGAUGAUGAAACAACCACCUCAACAGAUUUACGAUGCAGCUAAGGCAGUGAUGAGCAGUUCGCUGCAACCAACAAUGGACAAAUUGAACGCCGCGAAAGAAUCUGCGACGCAGCAAGCGUCUUCCCUUAAGGAAAUCAGUAUUACGAAGGCUAACGAAUUGUUGAACACACCGUAUGGUAAUAUGGCUGUACAAGGCGUGGACAACACGAGUGUUCUGAUUAAUGCUUUAUUAGAUCGUUAUUUCCCACCGGUUGAGGGCGAAGAGAAUACACCAGCGCCCGUAUCCGCCGACGAGAAUAAAGUUUUGCACGCCGUACAAACGAUUGGUCAGUUAUCGGCGAAGACAGCGAAUCGCGUGUACCAUUCGGUCGCGGCACAAUUGAAAACAGUGAAGAAAGAGGAUGUUGCGUCAUACAUAUCAAGCGUUAUUUCCAUUCUCCAUUUGACACAUUUCCUAAGUUUAAACGAGAAGCAGUCCGAUAAUAAAGAGGCACAAAGUCCAGUCUGUGAAAAGUCCAGCGAAAAGAAAGGGAAGAAAUGAAAGAUGAUGUAACAUGUGUUGAUGAUCGUGGAAUUGUUGGUCGACUAUUAUUUUUAUAUGAAUUUCGUUAGUCUCUUUAUUACGGAACAUAUCAUCUUGUCAAUUUGAACAAUUUUUGUACAUGAUAUGUAGGUAGAGUGUAAUAAAAAGAAUCGUGUCUAAUAAAACUACACUUGUUUACUAA